AUGAGCUCAGCCUCCUUCGCCGCCGUGCGCGGCCUGCCGUCGCUGGCUAGAACCGCCACCCCUUUCCGAGUCCAAGCCAGCGGCGGAAAGAAGAUCAAGACCGACACACCUUAUGGAACUGGCGGCGGCAUGGACUUGAGAAAUGGCAUCGACGCCUCCGGUAGGAAACCCACCGGAAAGGGCAUAUACCAAUUUGUCGACAAAUACGGCGCUAAUGUUGACGGAUACAGGCCUAUCUAUGACCGGAAUGAUUGGUCCCCAAGUGACGAUGUCUACGUCGGAGGCACCGCCGGCUUGGCCAUAUGGGUGGUCACCCUCCUCGGCAUCCUUGCCGGCGGCACGCUUCUUGUCUACAACACCAGUGCUUUGGCGCAGUAA